CUAUCAAAAUUUCUAUGGACACGUAGAUGAUUUGUAUAUUCUAUGCUAUUGUUCAUAAUUUAUUAAAGUAAACCCCAAUUUUUCUAUUUGUUUAUACAAUUUUUAAUUUAACAAAACCGCUUAUUGUUAGUUGGAAACUUGAUUAAUCGAUACCUAACAUGGCGGACAAACAAUUAUCCGAAGAAGGAAAUAACGUUCCUUUAACAGAUAACAGUUUACUGGUCGAUAUAUCCGAUGCCCUUAGUGAAAAAGAUAAAGUAAAAUUCACAGUUCACACAAGAACAACAAUGAAAGCUUUCCAAAAAAACGAGUUCUUAGUAGUGCGUCAACAUGAAGAGUUCAUUUGGCUCCAUGAUAGAUAUGAGGAACAACAAACAUAUGCAGGAUAUAUUAUACCACCUCCACCACCCCGUCCAAAUUUUGACGCUUCCAGGGAAAAAUUACAGCGUCUUGGUGAAGGUGAGGGUACAAUGACAAAGGAAGAGUUUACCAAAAUGAAACAAGAGCUAGAAGCAGAGUAUCUGGCAACAUUUAAAAAGACUGUAGCCAUGCAUGAAGUAUUUCUAACUCGUUUGGCUAGUCAUUCUGUGUUCAGAGAAGAUCGUCAUCUACAUGUUUUUCUUGAGUAUGACCAAGACCUUUGUGCAAGACCUAAGGGAAAACUUCAGCAACUUGGAGGUUUAGUUAAAUCAAUUGGUACUACUACAGAUCAAUAUUACCUCAAUGCGACUGUAAGGGAUGUAAAUGACUUUUUUGAACAACAGAUGAAUUCAUUGACAGAGUAUUAUAAUCAGCUCAAAGAAGCUACAACUCGUACUGAUAGAAUGACUGAAAAACAUAAGGAAUUAGCUGAUAGUUUCAUCAAAAUUUCUGGAGGAUUAAUGCAAUUAGCCAAUGUUGAUCCUGGUCCUCUAGAUAAACAACUUGCAAAAUCAGCUGAUACUUUUGAAAAAGUCAGAAAAUUAGAGAGCAGGGUAGCAUGUGAUCAGGAUCUCAAACUUGCCGACACUCUUAGGUAUUAUAUGAGAGACAGUCAAGCUGCAAGAGCCUUGCUUGUUAGGAGACUGAAAUGUUUAGCAAACUACGAGAAUGCUAACAGAACUUUGGAAAAAGCAAGGCAUAAAAAUAAAGAUAUACAUGCUGCUGAGACGGCCCAAUCUGCUGCAUGUGAACAGUUUGAAGCUAUUUCUGCCCAAGCCAAAGAAGAAUUGCUUGAUUUUAAAACCAGAAGGCUCCAUGCUUUCAGGAAAAGCCUUAUUGAAUUAGCCGAGCUAGAAAUAAAGCAUGCUAGGACGCAGCAAGAUCAGCUGAGGAAGUCUGUGGCCUACCUGAAGGAAUUAUCAUAAAUUUAAAAGAUUAUCAUUUUACUAUUUGUAUUCAAAUAUUAUUUUAUACCAUUAUAUAUACAUUCCGGAUCAUAUUGAAACUCUUAAUUGGCUAUUAUUUUCUUGUUUCGAUUAUACAAAAUUGAUAUAUAUUAUGUAAAUAUUAUAUGAGCCCUAUAUUAUAUUGUAUGUUGUUUACAUUUGAUUAAAAGAUAUUUUCAAGUUA